UAUCCACAGCGUGCUUGAAUAAGACGUUCCUUUCUCUGGCUAUGCCGCUUACAAGGCGAACCUGUUGCCAACUACCGGGCCAACAUCGUCAAAGCUGAGGGCGGUAGCGGAGAAGAGCAGUAUAAUGGAUCCCGGGUCGCUUACGCAGCUGCUGCAGUUGGGGAGUGCUCCUUCCGUUGACGGUUCGCUGCUGUUGAGCCUGCAUCCUGACGGGUCACUCCUAGCAGCAGCCCGCGGCUCCACGUUGUGUAUCUGCUCACUACGGCCGUCCACACCCUCGGAAGGCGGAGUCACAGCAGCACCGCAUGUCGCACAACAGCACCUAGGGCGGCAGCAGCAAGAGGACGAAGACGAGGAGCAUGCGCAACAGGAGCUGGCGGACCGUCGGUCGACCCAUGGGUCUGCUGGGCCCCGCGGCCGCAGCAGCCCCCACGACGGCGGCCUCCAUCAGCACCCCCACCGCCCGCCAGCCCGCAUGUACUGCCCAACUGCGAACGGCCCCCCGGUGACGUGUUCAGAUGACAUCACAGCCCUGGCCUGGCUCGCCUUCGUCAGGCCGCCCGGCGCUGCGCCGUCGGGUGCAACGCCCUUAGCAGCGGCGACGGGGGCAGAGGGUGCAGCAGCAGCAGGAGCAGGGGAAGCCAGCGAAGGCCACAGUAGCAGUGGAAGGGCGCCUGGGUCAGCGGCCGCCAGUCGUGGCAGCAGCUACCGGCGCCGGACGAACAGCGCUGGCAGCGGCGCGGGGGUGUUCGCCAGCAUUCAGGCCAUGCUAGAGGACGACGAACUGAAACGACAGCAGCACCAGCAGCAACGGCAGCAGCAGCUCUCAGCUACUCCCCCUGCUGCCGCCUCCACCUCGGCCCCCCAUCACCCCGGCUACAGCCUUGCCGUACUGCUGUCCGGCACUCGCGGCGGGGCGCUACAGCUGCAUGACGCACGCAGCGGGGCGGUGCUGCUGCGGCAACAGCUGCAUGCGGGGCCGGUGCUGAGCAUCACCGUGCGGACGUGGAGGAUGGGCCACCACCACCACCACCACCACCGCCACUCCCCCCCCUCUGCUGCGUCAGGUCUUCGACCCGACGACCCGGUUGAGGACGUGACGGUGGGCUGGGCGGAUGCUGUGGUGCGGCUGGCGGCAUGGGAGCUGAGGACCGCAGCGGCUGGGUGCUAUGCGGCGGC